AUGACCACCGCCGUCACCGCCCCCGCACCCUGGAUCACCAGCAGCCAACAAUGCAGCCUCGAAACAUGUCCCUUGACCUACGCCCAUACAUUCUAUCUGCCCAAUACGGGUGGUAACGCGUUCUACAUUGCCUUGUUCGGCCUGUUCAUCCCCGUGCAGCUCUUCCUGGGGAUUCGGCAUCGCACAUGGGGCUUUCUUGUUGGGUUGAUGUGUGGCCUAAUUCUGGAAGUGUUGGGAUAUGUGGCGCGAUUGAAGAUGAGGGAUAAUCCAUUUAUUGAUCGAUGGUUUGUGAUGUAUCUGGUAUGUCUCACCAUCGCCCCCGCAUUCUUCAGCGGAGCCAUCUACGUCAGUCUCGCUCGCAUCGUCGCCGUCUACUCUCUCCAACUAUCCCGACUCCGUCAACGGACAUAUUCCCUUCUCUUCAUCGCCUUCGACAUUCUCUCCCUCCUCCUCCAAGCUGCGGGCGGCGCGAUCACCACCUCCGACAGCAUGUCGACCGUGCAGACAGGCAUCAAUAUUAUGAUCGCUGGCCUCGCGAGCCAAGUCGCAUCCCUCACUCUCUACCUGACCCUCUGCAUCGAUUUCGGCUGGAGAGUGUAUUACAACAUCUUCCGAAUGAGCCACAAGCCAGAAGAAAAAACAAGCCAAAACACCACCACCCUACUAACCGACACUAACACCGACGCCCCUGGGUCGGACGCUCGUCUCGUACUAAACCCUAAAUUGGCAGCUCUACGCAGCACAAAACGCUGGUCCACGUUCUUACUGCUCCAAGGCCUGGCAACGGUGUGCAUUUACAUCCGAUGCGUGUUUCGCGUCGCUGAGCUCCGUGGCGGAUUCAACAGUGGAUUGGCGCAGAACCAGACGACAUUUAUGUUGUUGGAGGGGACGAUGAUUUCUAUUGCGGUUAUUGCGUUGAGUACGUGGGGCCAUCCGGGGAUUGGGUUUAAGGGGCAUUGGGGAGAUUUGGAUUAUAAUAUGUUUGGGAGGAGGAAGUUGGGAGGUAGGGGAGGGGAGGGGAGACAGUGA